AUGUUACAUCUGGUGGACCACACAACUGGGGACCUGCCAAGUAGAGACACGGAUUCAGUAACUCUGUGCUUUCCUGGAUCUUUAGGUAAGAAUAUGAAAGCCCAACCAGCCUUGAGCAGGAUGAGCCGAGAGGAAUUGGAGGACAGUCUCUUUCGACUUCGUGAAGAGUACAUGACGGUGAAAGACCUUUUUUGGAAGCAACAGGAGGAGAUUAAAAGGCUGAGGACCACCCUGCUGCGCCGGAGACCGACUGCCCCUGGCGGGGCCCUGCGGGCCGAGGCUGCAGCGGCUGCGCGGAGAUUCGAGCCCAGGCGGCGGCGGGCGCGCAAGGCGGCGGGGCGGCGGCUCCCCGAGCACAGGUUGCCAGCCGUGGCCCAGCGCGUCCGUCCCUCUGCUCCAGGCCGCGCUCAGCCUCGGGUCCCGGAGAGACACAGACAGCUCCACAGCGCGGGUGCGAGGGCGCCGGAGACACCUGCUGAGGGGCCAAGCGAUAGGCCGAGCUACACAGCCCCUCCCAGAUUCAAGGAGCACAUGACACACAAAAACUCGAGGGAUGAAACAGCCUGCGAGCCCAGCGAACUCGUGCUUUCUUUCAGUAAAGUUCUAAUUAUGGCUAAACCCCUUGGUCUGUGUGUGCCUGAUAGGACCCGCAUUAUGGCCAACAACACUGUGCAAGUGGAAGAACCACUAGCAUCGCCUGAGAAAAUGUGGUCCAAAGAUGACAGUUUUGAACAGAAAAGCUCACUGGAGCAUGCUCAGAAAGCUGCAGAGCUUCGAGCUUCCAUUAAGGAGAACGUGGAGUUGAUCCGACUGAAGAAGCUGUUACAUGAGAGGGACACCUCCCUGGCAGCCACAAAAGCACAGUUAACAGAAGUUCAAGAGGCAUAUGACUCCUUGCUCCAGAAGAAUCAGGGGCUCUUGAGUGCAGCCCACAGUGCCCUCUUCAGCCAAGUGGAUGAGCUCAGGGCAGAGUUCAAGGAGGACAACAAGAAAGCUGUGAGCCUGAGGGGCCAACUGGAGGAUGUGUCCAUCCUGCAGCAGACGCUCCAGGAGUUUCAGGAAAGAGUUGAAGAUCUGGAAAAAGAACGAAAGUUGCUGACUGACAAUUAUGACAGACUCUUAGAAGACGUGUUGGACAGUAGCAAGCAGCCGCCCUGGAGCAGUGAGCUCACAGGGGACCAGCUGUGGCAGCAGCUUUCUCAACUGCAGGAUCAGCUGGAUGCUGAAUUGGAGGAGAAAAAAAAAAUCUUGAUCCAGCUGUCCACAGAGAAAGCUCAAAAUGAAGAUCUGAAGCUCGAAGUCACCAACAUCCUUCAGAAGCAUAAGCAGGAGGUAGAGAUGCUCCAGGAAAAGGCGGCCACCGCAGCCCCGCCUUCCAACAGGCUGCCUGAGCUGGGUCCGCUCCCAGACCCAUUCCUAGAGGUGGUGCAGAGAGAGCCUAGUGAACCCAAAGUUCAAGAAGAGAAGAAACUGUCCCAGGUACUAAAUGAGCUGCGAGUAGCUCAUGCAGAAACCACCCUGGAACUGGAAAAGACCCGAGACAUGCUUCUUCUGCAGCGCCAGAUCAACGUGUGCUAUCAGGAGGAACUGGAAGCAAUAAUGACAAAAGCUGAUAGCGAAAGUAAAGAUCACAGAGAAAAACUGGAGAGGUUGAGUCAACUUCUAGAUCUUAAGAACAACCGAAUCAAACAGCUGGAAGGUAUUUUGAGAAGCCAUGGACUCCCAACAUCUGAACAGCUCAAAGACAUUGCUUAUGGCACUGGACAGCUGUCCUUAUGUCUGGAAACGAUGCCAGCCCAUGAAGAUGAGAAUGGAGUGGACGUUUCUCUGCUGCAUCCGAGUGAGAAUCUUUUCGAACUGCAUAUCCACCAGGCUUUCCUCACACCUGCUGCCCUGGCCCAGGCUGGAGACAUGCAACCCACCACUUUCUGCACCUAUGCUUUCUAUGAUUUUGAAACCCACUGCACCCCUUUGUCAGUGGGGCCACAGCCCUUCUAUGACUUCACCUCCCAGUACGUGGUGGAAACCACUUCCUUUUUCUUGCACUAUCUUCAAGGGGCUUCUGCCCGGCUUGAUUUACACCAGGCUGUGGCCAGUGAGCACCAGGUCCUUGCAGCUGCAUGGAUUUGCUUUGACCAGGUGCUAGAGACUGUGGAGAAAGUCCAUGGUUCAGCCGUGCUUACUGGAACUGGUGGAGAAGAAUUUGGGGUGCUAGAGUACUGGGUGAGGCUGCGCCUGCCCCUCAGAGCCAGCCUACAGGCAUGCAGUAAGCAGAAGAAAGCCCAGGCCUACCUGUCAGUCAGUGUGCAUGGAGCCAGGGAGGCCCUGGAGAAUGAGGCCAGCGCUGAUGCCUUGAACCCUCAGAAUGAGCUGCAGAUUGAAAUCACCAGCUGCUGUGGCCUCCGGAGUCGAAGGCCAGGAACUCAGCCCAGCCCAUAUGCCAUGUACCGGUUCUUCACCUUUUCUGACCAUGACACUGCCAUCAUCCCCGUCAGUGACAACCCUUACUUUAAAGACCAGGCUCAGUUCCCAGUGCUCACGAGCCCUGAGCUGGAUCAGUACCUGAGGCGGGAGGCCCUGUCCAUAUACAUUUUUGAUGAUGAAGACCCAGAGCCUGGCUCUUACCUCGGCCGAGUCCAAGUGCCCUUGUUGCCUCUUGCACAAAAUAAGCCUGUUAAAGGUGAUUUUAACCUCACUGAUCCUGCCGAGAAACCCAAUGGAUCCAUUCAGUUGAAGCUGGACUGGAAGUCUCACUAUCUCCCUCCCGAGGGCUUCCUGAAACCAGAAGCUCACGCUGAGGUGAAUGACACCAAAGACAAAUCCCGUCUGCACAAAUAAGGGCUUUUCUUCUCCUAUGAAAACCGGCUGUCGUCUGCUGAGGUGCCCACUGAAGCUGACCGAUACCAAGCAAAGAGCAAACCUCCUCAGACAGCAAGGAAGGAAAAGGAACACCAGGUUGUGAGCUACUCAAGGAGAAAACAUGGCCAAAGAAUAGGUGUCCAGGGAAGGAACAGACUGGAGUAUUUCAGUUGUAACAUCUUAAGCGGAGACACAAUACAACAGGUGAGCUACACCGACUGGAAGUUCUCAGGACUUAAUAUCUCAAAAGAUGAUGGUUUUAGAACUCAGAUGGAGGAAGAAGAAAUGAUAUUAUCCCACUCGGCACCGAAACAGGAGGAAUCCCUACCUCCUAGAAAUGAUCAGGAAUCCUCUGAACAGGCGUCUGAAGCCAGUGAAGCACAAACUACCGACAGUGAUGAUGUUGUGGUGGCAGUCACGUCUCAGAAGCGCCCUGCGGCAGAUUCAGAGAAAAUGCGUAUUGAAAUUGUCUCCCUGGCCUUCUACCCAGAGGCUGAGGUCAUGUCCGAUGAGAACGUGAAGCAGGUGUACGUGGAGUAUAAGUUCUAUGAUGUGCCCUUGUCUGAGACCGAGACUCCGGUAUCCCUGAGGAAACCAGGGCCAGGGGAAGAAAUCCACUUCCACUUCAGCAAAGUGAUUGACCUGGACCCUUUGGAGCAACAAGGCCGAAGGCAGUUCCUAUUUGGCAUGCUGCAGGCGCAAGAUCCAGAGCAAGGACACUUCAAGUUUACGGUGGUAAGUGAUCCUAUGGAUGAAACAGAGAAAGAAUGCGAAGAAAUAGGAUAUGCCUAUCUUGAACUGUGGCAGAUCCUUGAAUCUGGAAGAGACAUUGUAGAGCAAGAGCUCGAAAUUGUCAGCCCUGAAGACCAGAAUGUAGCAAUAGGAAGGCUGAAAAUUUCCCUUCAGGCAGCUGCAGCCCUGCACAGAAUCUACCAGGAGAUGACAGAGGAUCUGUUGUGAAGGAUCAAUGCCCCUUCCAUGCAAAAGUCUGAGGGAACCGUAGUAAAAUGUCUCUUAUGAAGUAACUUGCUAUACCCUAAGUAUUUUUGCUGGGAUAUUUAGAUCUUUCAACCUAAUGAUGGAACUCUAGAAAGGUCAGA